AUGAACCACUGCCAUACCGAUCAGACUGGUCUUGGCCCACUGCAGACUCCGUUGUGGGAGUACAUGGCACAGAAUUGGGCACCUCGUGGUGCCGAGACUGCCCGACUACUCUACAAUGCUUCCGGCUGGGUAGUGCACAACGAGAUGAACAUCUUUGGCCACACUGGCAUGAAAGGCGAUGGCGACAUCUCGAGCGAAAUCUGGGCAAACUACCCCAUCGCCGCCGCCUGGAUGAUGCAGCAUGUCUUCGACAACUUCGAUUACAACAGCCAAGACGUCGCCUGGCUCCGCUCAACAGGCUACCCGAUGCUGAAUUCCAUCUCCCAGUUCUGGCUUUCCCAGCUCUAA